UGCGGUGAUUGAUAAAUAAUAAAUAUUAAAUUGUCCAGCCUGCUAAACUAGUAACUACUGAUAAAAUGAUAAGUUGUUCAUAUCUCAAAUCGUGCCCGUGGGCCACAGCACUGGCCACCGUCACCCUCACACCUUGUCGAUUAUUCUAAUAAUAUUAUAGUCCAUUUGGCAUUUACAAAUUACAAUUAUAUCAUUGUCCGUGGCCACAGGUUUAACGUAAUCGCUAAAAAUACUAAGUAUGAUCGUUAAUAAUAUUUAAUAUUAUUUUAUUUGUCAGUUAAUUUAUAUAAUGGACAAACAAUUUAAUGAUACCAAUGUAUCUGAUUCAAAAGCGUUGGAAGCAACAGAAUUUUAUUUUGAAUCAGACUUUUAUUUAUUAAAAAAUAAUAAUGAUUAUAAAAAUUUAUUGAAAUCCUUAGCUAUACUUGAAGUACAAAGAUGUACAACAAUUCAAAAUAUUGAAAAACUUGCAGUGUUAAAAGAUCACUUUUCAAAAAAUCCUUCUUUGGCAUUGAAAAAAGUUCUUAAACGCGAAGACAUAGGUACGUUAAAGUCGGUUAAUAUUCAUCCGCUACCAGAUAUUGAUUGGUCGGUGUAUAUAACCAAUGAUGAAACAGAAAGUGGACCAAUAAAACAAGUAUGUGAUAUUAAUUUACGACAUAAAAAUGUUUCUGAUAAACAAGAAACACCGACAAACAUUACAGCUUCAGAGGUAGAAAAACCUGAAACAUUCAAAAAACCUUGGACAGUUGAAGAACAAUUGCGUCUUGAAGAACUUUUGAUUGAAUAUCCACCAGAAAGAAAUGAAAGUAACAGGUAUAGAAAAAUAGCUGACGCUUUAGGUACAAGAAAUUUGAGACAGGUCUGUAGUAGAGUUCAAAAGUAUAACAUGAAAAUGAAAAAAGUUGGUUCAAUAAAAUCGAUUAAUGCAAAUUCAAAAAAUUUAAAUAAAAAAACUGUAUCAUUAAGUCAUAAAAAUAUUGGUGCAUUAUUAAAACCAACCACAUUUAUACCAUCUACAACAUUAAUAGAUGAUGUUGAUGUUUAUAAUGCUAAUAGAAAUAACUUCAAUGUAAGUCACAAAAAUAUUGAAAUGAGUAAUAAGACAAAAUUAGCAAUCUUAGAUGAAGUAUUACAAGAUAAACUUACAGAAAAAAAUUGUCCAAUUGUGCAUGUGGGUUAUACAUGUUGUGUAUGUCAGUCAUCUCCCAUUAUUGGAACAAGGUGGAAUUGCAAUGAUUGUCCAGCUAUUGGUAAAAACUCUAAUUUUUGUGGUGAUUGUAUAGUAGACACAGUAAGGAACAUUCUUGAAAAACCUCCACAUCCUAUGGAUCACACAGUUACUCCUAUUAGAAGCGUUAAGGCGAAUGAUGAUAAUAUUGACAAUCUUAUUGAUCAAAAUUAUGUCCCAUUAGUAUUUAAAACUCAAAACUACUUGGAUCCAAAUUUUAUGGUAUAGAAUGACAUAUUAAUUAUAUGUGUUUUAUCGUUGGUUAAAAUGUCAAUUAAUUUAUAUUAUUUUUCUCAUAUGCAUGUUUGACAAUGAAUGUUGUUUUAUUUUUAAUACAAUCACAAACUAUUUGUUAAUUCAUUUUAAUUUACUAAAUUUGUUUGCAGUUAAGAUAAGUAACAGACUCCAUAACUGAUGCAUUCAGUUAAUCUUAAUCUCACUCAGUUCAAUUAAUAUUUAAUGUAAUUUUAUUAAUUUGUACACAUAUACAUUAAGUAGGUACUUAUAUGUUUUUUUUUUUUGAAUAAUUCACAAUUAUGUUUAAGUUUAAGUGUUUUAUUUAUUUAUAAUUGCCAAAGUGUUAUGGUGUAUGCCAAAACCACAAAUUUGUAUGUAUUUAUUAUUCUAUUAUACUUUGUUUUCUAAACUGAAA